CAUGCCUACCUUCCAUUGCUUUGCUAAAAACCGACUCAAAUUCUCUCUGUAGUCUCUCUCUCAGAACAGUCUCAGCGAAGGCUCUCGUUCAUUUCGAUGGCGAGCACGGACCCGGAGCACAGAGAAGAGGAAGAAGCCGCCGCCGCCGCCGGUGAAGACGAAGACACCGGUGCUCAGGUUGCCCCGAUCGUCAAGCUCGAGGAGGUCUCCGUCACCACUGGCGAGGAAGACGAAGACGCCGUCCUCGAUCUGAAAGCCAAGCUUUACCGGUUCGAUAAGGAUGGCAAUCAUUGGAAGGAGAGAGGCGCUGGUUCGGUGAAGCUUUUGAAGCAUAAGGAGACGGGCAAGGUUCGACUAGUUAUGCGGCAAUCGAAGACUCUCAAGAUUUGCGCCAAUCAUCUCGUUCUGCCGACAAUGUCAGUUCAGGAGCACGCCGGGAACGACAAGUCUUGCGUAUGGCAUGCGGCUGACUUCGCUGAUGGCGAGUUGAAGGAUGAAAUGUUCUGCAUUAGAUUUGCAUCUGUUGAGAACUGCAAAACCUUCAUGGAAAUGGUUCAAGAGGUAGCUGAAUCUCAGAGGAAGAAAGAUGAAAACAUAGAUGCAUCUACCGCUGCGGGGCUACUUGAGAAGCUGAGUGUUGAAGAAAAUAAAUCCGAACUCGAAGAUAGUGAAAAGGUACCUGUUGCUGCUAAGGGGAAGGAAUCUGAAACUGAGAGUGAGAAGGUGGGGGCAGAGAAAAAGGGCGAGGAGCCUAUUUCUUCAACAUAAGGUGGGGACACGUUUGUGGCAACACGUGGGUGGAGUUUGGAGUAUGUCGAUAUUGUUUGAGGUUUACGGUAUGGCCUUAUUCACUACCCUUAUCUUGAGGUAUUAUAUCAUUUUCAGAUGCAGUGGUCUCUGAUUUAUGGGUGGUAACGAUAUGGAUGAGUCCUCCAACCGAGUGGGGUCAAAAAGGGUUCUGUUUCCAUGUCAUGGUUUCAGUCACUUGAUUCAAGGUGUUUAUUUUUUACCCUUAAAAAAUUCCUUUUUUUCAAUCCCCAUGUAAGUUGCUUGUCAGGUCAUUGCUCAAAAUGGUUUACUCUGCAGUAUUGUAGAUGUAUAAACAUGGUUUCCAUUCAGAUGUAAUUUUUUAUUCGCUUGCUUCA